AUCAGGCUCAACUAUAUGUUUGUAAACCUUGCUGUUAGCUGCCAAGUAGAUGUGAAUGGGUUCUAACCACAUAACUUGUGUGACAGGGACAUUGUACAACUGGUCAGCUGCACAGUACUGUGAUGUAGCAGCUGUCAAAUCCCUAUCUUACAUCAUUGGCUCUUCAACAGCUUCAUGUCCUCAAGAUCAACAAAGCUUCUGACUUACAAUACUGUCAUGGCUGAUGAAUUAGAUGCAGCUGUUUUUGUGCUUGCUGCAGCUCUGGUCGCAGACACAUAUAUAACUUGCAUGUUAUGCUAUGCUUUACAACACAGCAGAACUGGGUUUCGAAGCACUGGACACAUUAUCACGAGGCUUUUCAAUUACAUUGUCAGUCGUGGAGUAUUGCUCUGCGCAAUAAGUGUCAUAUUACUUGUCAUGUAUUGUCUAGAUGCACGAAACAACACCUGUUAUUCGGAGAUAUUUCAAGCUCCAAGUGGAACAUUGUAUGCGAACUCACUGCUCGCCAUGCUAAAUGUAAGGAACUAUGUUAAGCAAGGCGCAGUCAAUGAACCCGCCGAGUCCUUGAGUCUUCCUCCGACGGGCUCGCAAAGCAUGACAUGAAUCAACACCGAUCAAGUUUGUCCGGGUCGACCCACACUAGAUCGACACCCACGAGUCUAUAUUCGUGAUCAGAACGAACACAUCAUAUACGCAUCUGGCUGUAUAUGACUUUUUCAACUAGUGUUAUGUACAUGAACGGUGAAUUGAUCUCAAGG